ACCCCAAUUAUUUUAGUCCAAAGUUAGAUACAAGUCUAGAGUUCCAUACCAAAAUCUUUUCAACAUCUUUCCCAAUUCAUAUCUUGGGAGGAAUAGGCAGCUAGCAAUGGUUUUAGCUUCCCAACAUGAGCUUCCAUUAAAUGAGAACGACUCACAAGACAUGGUCAUAUGCCAAGCUCUAAACGAAGCCAUGGCUCUGAACCACUCAUCCUUGCCUGAAACACACCAAAUCCCGAAUCACCAAUCGACUUCCAACGGCCUCAAACCUGUUAAGAACCUCGGAAAGAAGCACUAUAGAGGCGUGAGACGUCGUCCAUGGGGUAAAUACGCAGCUGAAAUCCGCGACUCUGCGCGACACGGUGCACGUGUAUGGCUAGGCACGUUUAACACGGCCGAAGAAGCUGCCUUGGCAUAUGAUCAAGCUGCUUUUCGAAUGAGAGGUAGUAAGGCCAUACUCAACUUCCCAGCUGAAUUUGUUGCUUCGUUGUCAAUUGAAAGAGUUCAGCCAAGUUUUAGUGUACCCAGCAAUACUAGUACUACUACGGAGGCACCAAAAAUAUCAGAGUCUGAGAGGAACACAACUACUACGGUGAAGGCACGACAUAUGCAGCGUUAGAUCACCUAGAGAGGUUUUGAUUUCGAUCAGGUUCUUUUCAAUUUCGAAUGUGAGGUAUCAAGGAUUGCAGGUGUGAUAUACUUUUUCUUCCUUUGACAAGCUACUCUCUCUUCUAGUCAAAGCAUGUGCAUAGACUAAAUAUAGAUUAGUCUAGUUUUUCAUAGUUUGUGUAGGCCAACAACAAAGGCUACAAAAAUGUAUUUUAUUAUUGUAAUAAGAGGGUCAGCAAAGUUUGCAAUGAAUUUAAAUUGGUUGAUUGAA